AUGCCCUCGGACCAAAAGCCACCGUCGGCCCAAGCCAUAUCUCCUUCCUCCCACGACAGCACAUCACCCGCGAGCAGUGACGCCACCAUCGUUGACGAGGAGAAGAAUGAGACCGCCGAAGAAACCGUCCGGUCCCGAACGGACUCGGAAUCGGAGGAGGAGAACCAGAAAGCCCUGAAUGCAGCCUGGGGAAAACAUGGGAGAACAUGGAUGUGGAUUGGGAUCGCACUCAUGUGGACCAUCUUUGAACUCGAUUACACGACCAUCUACAACUACCAGAACUACGCGGCGUCGGACUUUGGCGAGAUCGCGCUCCUCGGGGCGCUGAUGACGGUGGGCACCAUCGUGGCGGCGGUGCUCAAGCCGCCGCUGGCAAAGAUCUCGGACGUGGUCGGGCGGGCCGAGACGUACGGGGCCGUCAUCGCGUGCUACGUCGUGUCGUACAUCCUGUGCGCGUCGGCGCGCUCCUUCGGCCAGUACAUCGGGGGGUACAUUGUCUACAGCGUCGGGCAGACGGGGAUGCAGAUCCUCAACCAGAUCAUCGUGGCGGACAUCACGACGUCGCGGUGGCGCGGGCUCGCCAACGCCCUGGUCAGCCUGCCCUUUAUGAUAGUGCCGUGGUGCUCGGCCUUCAUCGUCGACGGCGCCCUGGCCACCAUCGGCUGGCGCUGGGGCAUCGGCAUGUUCGCCAUCAUCAUGCCCGUGUGCUCGCUCAGCGUCAUCGUGCCGCUGCUCGGGUUCCAGCGCCGGCUGGAGCGGGUGCGCCGCGGCGGCGGCGGCGCCGCAAAAGUGCGCACAAAGACCACCCUCCGCGGGUUCGCCUCGCAGAUCGACCUGGGCGGGAUGCUCCUCCUCUGCGGCGGGUGCGCCAUGAUCUUGCUCCCCGUGGCGCUGGCGGGGAACUCCAACGGCAGCUGGCGGGCGCCGUGGGUGCCGACGCUGAUCGUCCUGGGCGUGCUGUGCCUGGUCGGGUUGGGGGUCUACGAGUCGCGGUUCGCCACGAAGCCGGCGAUGCCGCCGCGGCUGUUCAAGAACAUCUCGGUGACGCUGGCGUUUGCGAUCGGAUUUCUCGACGCCUUCGCCUACAGCGUCACGCACACGUACCUGUACGCGUGGGCGACGGUGGUGCACGGGCUGGACCCGCGCGACGCGACGUUCCUCACCUACACGGCCGGGUGCGUCCAGGUGCUGACGGGGCUGGGCACGGGCUUCCUCAUGUACCGGUCGCGGCGGUACAAGUGGCUGCUCCUCAUCGGCGUCGUGGUCCGGCUGAUCGGGUACGGGUUCAUGAUGCGGCUGCGCGGCGCCGACAACUCGCUCGCCGAGAUCAUCGCCAUGCAGGUCGUCCAGGGCGCCGGGAGCGGCGCCGUCGGGACCGUGGUGAUCGUCGUCGCGCAGGUCGUCGUGCCCCGCGCGGACCUCGCCCACUCGACCGCCCUCGAGCUCCUGUGCAUCUACCUGGGCAACAGCACGGGCUCCGCCAUCGCGGGGACCAUCUACACGAGCCUGUUCAAGGGCCGGCUGCGCUUCUGGCUGGGUCCCGACACGGACCCCGCGGCCAUCAACAGCGUCUACGACUCCAUCACGGCCGUGGUCCUGCCCGAGACGGGCACCGCCCAGCGCAACGCCGUCAACCACGCCUACUCGGACAUUCUGCGCUUCAUGACCAUCGCCGCCCUGGUCGCGUCCGCCGUCCCCAUGGUCAUGGUCUGGUUCCUGCCCAAUCUCCAGUUGAGCGACAAGCACAACCUGGCCGGGAGCGAGGGUGGUGUCGACUCGGGGGGGCCGGACCGCAGGGGAGACACGGGUGAUGAGACGAGGCUGCAGAAGUGGCGGCGGAGGAUACGGUGGUGA